ACAUUCAAAGCAACUGGGAAACGUCCAUGGCAGGCAUUCUUGUCACCUUGCUACAUAACUUUUAAGUGAUAGGAAGCACGAGCACCACCACCAACCAGCCUACACCACUGCACACCCGUCAUUACUAUGACAACUAGCGUAGCCAUGUCAGCCAAUGACUGCUCUGAACGCAAACAAAUCCAAUUUGGUCACUUGUAACUUGCUGUUUGGACAGUCAGUGUUCCAAAACGGAUUUGAAAAACAAAACUGAUUUGAGCAUUAAGGCCUGCAGUGAUAGUGGUGCCAAGAGUAAUGGAUAUAAUGUAAGAACUGAGGGCUAGAGGGAGCUAUAACCAUUUUGCUUCCAUAUCUAUGAAGGCCAGGGGCCGAGAGGUGUCCAUUUUAGACUGCACCAUACUCCCUCCCCUCUUUUCUACUGUGCUGCUCCCUUAUGUCUUGUUCUUUAGAUAACAGGUGCUGCUCCGGCCUCCGUGACACAGUUAGUCUGAAUACAUCAGUCUCAGCUUGGGCUCUCACCCUCAGCCUGAGGUAUUAGGGAGUUAGUGGAUAAAGGCAUUACUGUCUGAAAGGUGCUGAGCCAGGUGUGUGUGAGAGAGAGACGGGUAAAGCGCUCGGGUCAGUAGGAGGAUCUUCUUGUGUCUUCUGUCCUGCUGCUGGCACUGCUCUCCUUUAUUUAGCUUUCACUCCCUCUGUUCAUCUUUUAUUUUAGCCUUCCUUUCUAAUCCUCCCUUUUUACUGUUUCACUCUCUCUUCCUCCUCUACCACCUUCUACUCUUCUACUCCUCCCCCCCCACCCCCCCUCUCUCCUUCACCAUGCUCUCCCUCUGAGUGUCCUCGCUGUCGUCGACAGCCCCUCUCCCUCCGUUGCCAUGGAUUUGGGAAGCCUGACCACAGUGGUUGCCAACUCGGCCUACAUAAGCGCCCGCGGCAGCUUCGACGGCUCCAACCCGGCGGCCUCGCGUGACAAGAAGUACCACGCCCGCCUCAAGCUGCCCCACAUCACCGUGUGCGAGGGCCUCCAGGAAACCCUGGACCUAGCCUUUCAGUCGGUCUGCGUGGAGCAGCCCAUCGGCAAACGCCUGUUCCGCGAGUUCCUGGAGAUGGCGCCCGAAUACCACGGUCCUUGCCACUUGUGGCGGGACAUCGAAGAGUACGACUUAGCCGAAGACACGGACCGGGCCCAGAAGGCGUCCAGGAUCAUUCAGCGUUACCUAGAGUCCUCGGCCAAGCUCUACUGCCCCUUCCUGACCCCAGAGACCGUGACCCAGGUGAAGGAGGCCCAGCAGGGGGCCGGGGACGCCCUCUUUGCCCAGACACUGGCCUCUGUGCUGGGCUACCUCCAGGAAGUUCCCUACACCUUCUUCCUGGAGAGCAUGUACCUGAAGAGGUUCCUGCAGUGGAAGUGGCUGGAGAUGAAGCCCAUGGACCAAGACUGGUUCCAGGACUUCCGUGUGCUAGGGAAGGGGGGGUUCGGGGAGGUGUUUGCCUGCCAGAUGAAGGCCACGGGGAAACUGUAUGCCUGCAAGAAGCUCAACAAGAAGAGGCUGAAGAAGAGGAAGGGCUAUGAGGGGGCGAUGGUGGAGAAGAGGAUCCUUGCCAGGGUUCAUAGUCGCUUCAUUGUGUCACUGGCCUACGCUUUCCAGACCAAGGAUGAGCUCUGUCUGGUUAUGACCAUCAUGAAUGGAGGAGACCUGAAGUACCACAUCUAUCUGGUGGAUGAGAACAACCCAGGGUUUGAGGAGCCCAGAGCCUGUUUUUAUGCAGCUCAGAUCAUCCAGGGCAUGGAGCACCUUCACCAGAAGAGAAUAAUCUACAGAGACCUCAAACCUGAGAAUGUGCUGCUGGACAAUGAAGGUAACGUGCGUAUCUCUGACCUGGGUCUGGCAGUGGAGCUCAAGGAAAACCAGACAAAGAUCAAAGGCUACGCUGGAACUCCAGGGUUUAUGGCCCCGGAGCUCCUGAAGGGGGAGAAGUAUGACACCUCAGUGGACUAUUUCACCCUGGGGGUCACGCUGUUUGAGUUUAUGGCCGCCAAGAACCCGUUCAGGGAACGUGGAGAGAAGGUUGAGAAGGAAGAACUGAAGGAGCGCAUCAUGACCGGGACUGUGGUCUACCCAGAGACAUUCAGUGAGAACGCCAAGUCCAUCUGCUCUGCGCUGCUGGAGAAACAGGUGGACCAGAGACUAGGUUUCAAGAACGGGACCUGUGACGAGAUCAGGACACACCCCUUCUUCAGCGCCAUCCACUGGAGGAGACUGGAUGCAGGCAUCCUGUCCCCUCCGUUUGUCCCCGACUCCAAGGUGGUCUAUGCCAAGGACCUGGAUGAUGUGGGUGAGUUCUCCUCGGUGAAGGGGGUGGGGCUGGACGACCCCGACCGCGUGUUCUUUGACGAGUUCUCCUCUGGGAACAUUUCCAUCCCCUGGCAGGAGGAGAUGAUUGAGACGGGGAUCUAUGGUGAGCUCAACAUGUGGGGACCUGCAGGCACCAUACCCAACGACCUGCGCAGGGAGUCCAUUUUGGAACAGCCCAAGUCAACAACCUGCUGCUUGGCGUGAUUGUCUCUUUGGAAACGGAGGACGAAGAAUGGAGCUCAGACGUUCCGGAUCAGACCAACCGUAGCUCUUUGAGGUGAUGUUGUGUUUAGUACACUUGGAAUGGAACAUUCCAAGUGAUGAUAUCACAAAGCGCUGCCAACUGAUUCUUUUUUGAACGCUUGACGUUUAGAGUAGAACAAUGAGAAAAACAGUUUAAAAAAACAUACCCCUCAAAGGGCAUUGAUGGGGAAAUGCGUCGCCAUCGUGACAAUGACACCUGGACCCAGACAAACACUCAGACAGUCCAGAACAGAACACCAAAUCAGGUUCUACACAAUAACGUUGCCAUGGAAAUGGAACUGUUGAGUGGCACGGUGUACUGACUGCUCAUUGGUUGAGACUGAGAGACUGUUCCGCUGCUCCUAGAGUGAACCUGUUAGAUGGACUUUGGACCUUUGUACUUCAGAUGGGCCCAGCAAUAGAUAUUCUGUAUUCUCAACGCAUACUGACAGAUAAUUUCGCAUCGUCAAGACAUAGGUGUGCGUGUAUGAGUGAGAAAAUGAGAUGCUUUCUGAUUCUGCUCACUAUAGCACUAGUGAAAUGUGCUAAGAAACAGUUUACUAAAUUUGUCAAUAUAUACUGAGUAUACCAAACAUUAGGAACACCUUCCUAAUAUUGAGUUGCACCCCCACCCCCCCCA